CUACAGGGUUGUACAGCGAAGGUGGGAAGUGGUAGAAAUAAAAUGUUGAAUGUGAUCUGGUAUCAGAACAAACACACUAAAUGAUAACUGAUGAUGCAUUUGCGGUGUAGUUUGGGUCCUUUCUGCUGAAGAAAGAGGAAACAGAGAUUAUCUGUACUAUUGCAGGAAAGCAGGUGCAAAAUAAAAACAGCCCAGCCAGCACCUGCAGUGGAGUUUUGUUGAAGUUAAGUACAAAUUUCACGAAGGACAGAAACCAAGAGGACAGUGAUGGAGGGAGAACUACAAUUAUAUACAGUGAAGAGCUCUGUUAUGACCCUGAGUGUAAACACACUUUAACAAGAGGCUGUAACACACUGACCUGAUGAAAUCUAUCACACUGCUGUAUGUACGCAUUCAGUGAAAUCGAGGUCUCUAAUCAUGCAACACGUGUUCAUCCUUCACGUCCAUUUUCUUUACCGGUAUUUCUUUUCCAUUAAGACAGCCGAGGAGAUCAACGAGAAGAUGAACGGCCUGAAGCUGGAGGAGCCGGAUCAUUUCAGAAACGGCACCACGAAGGACACGAGUGGAGUGUCAGUACCUCAGAGCGUGGACUGGAGGAAGGAGGGCCUGGUCGGUCCUGUCAGAGACCAGGGCUUAUGCGGGUCCUGCUGGGCCUUCAGCUCUUUGGGAGCUCUGGAGGGCCAGAUGAAGAAGCGAACAGGCUCCCUGGUUCCUCUGAGUCCACAGAACCUGGUGGACUGCAGCACCAGCGACGGAAACCUCGGCUGCAGAGGAGGUUACAUCUCCAAAGCCUUCAGCUACAUCAUCCGCAACAGAGGCGUCGACUCGGAGAGCUUCUACCCCUACGAACACAAGAACGGGAAGUGCCGCUAUUCUGUCAGUGGAAAGGCCGCGUAUUGCUCUGACUUCCACGUCCUUCCUCGAGGAGACGAGCGGACUCUGCAGGCUGCGGUGGCGUCGGUGGGACCGGUGGCCGUGGCCGUGAACGCCAUGCUGCCAUCCUUCCAUCUGUACAAAGGAGGUUUAUACAACGUUCCCAACUGCAACCCAAGGCUAAUAAACCACGCCGUCCUGGUGGUGGGCUACGACACAGACGCAGGACAAGACUACUGGCUGGUGAAAAACAGUUGGGGAACUUCGUGGGGAGAAGAAGGCUUCAUCCGGAUCGCCAGGAACAAGAACAAUCUGUGCGGCAUUGCCAGCUUGGCGGUUUACCCGACGCUGUGAAGAUGUCACCUCACUUUAGGUUAUUUUAAUUUCAUAUCCAGACGUUUGUUGCGAUCGUCUUUAACGAUAUAAAGACUUCAGGGCAGACGCUGGCCUGAACAUGAAAAGAAUUUGUUUUGAAAGCACAGGAAAUCCUUGUACCUGCUUUGGUAGCUUGGUAUUUUACUUUUUUUCGACUGAAUAUUUAAAGCAUACAUGUCUGUUUAUUUUCUUUUAUCGGAGCUAACACUGUAUUCCAUGUAUUUAUUUAAAGAUUGAUAUUUAAAUGUCAGCUUUUCACUUAAUGGAUUCAACAGAACUCAUGUCAAUACUGGAAGAAGCAAAAGAAUUCUCUAGUCUGCUGUAGUUAAAAUGAGUUAAGUGCUGUAGCACUGUUCAGGAUGACACGGAAAUUAGAUAUGAUCAUUAUUAUUUUAUUAGAAGGAGGCGCUUUUCUCAAGGUUAUUUACAUUUUUUAA